AUGAAAUCUCUUUACUUAGUAUUCCUAACUUAAGUAAAUGAUUAACAAUAUGUAUUGCUAUUUCAAAAUACUCCAUAAAAUCCAUUCUCUCUUCCUCAUAUUGAAAUUACAAAAGAGGAUUUCUAAAGUGCCUCAUUAACUGGACCUAAAAUUAUCUUGGAUUAAUUAAAAAACAUUGAAUUAUAGAAAUUUUCUUUUUUUAAGAAAGAAUACUUAGAUUUGAUUGAUUUUGAUAAUUAUAACUACAAAGUAUAAUAGAUAUGGAGUCAAAGUUCUUAAGAAGAAAAAGUAGACUUUCAUUUAAUCAUUAAAGGAAUUACUUAGACACAAAAGAAAUAUAUAGGCUCCCCUUUGGACUUAAUAUUUUAACAAUUGUCCAUUAUGGAAUGAUGAUAAGGAAGAAAACUUUUAUUAUAUAUUAAAAUUACAAUAAAAUGAUAUAGAUUACAUUUAAUAACAAUAAGGUUUAAUCAUAAAGUAUAUUUAUUUUAUAUAGUGUUUAUAGAUAAGUAAAUAUAUAAGAAUUACAAGAAAGUAUGUCAAUGAAUUUUCCAGAAUAGAAAGAUAAGUUUAUUAAUUUGUAAAAUGCUUUGAUAAAUAAUGAUUAUUUAAGAAAAGAUGGUAGAGUUAUACUCCACUUUAAUUUCAAAACAAAAUAAUAUUCAAUUUAUGAUGGUUCAGGCUUUUAUUUAGAUACAGUUUCUGUUUAUAAUGGAAUAUUUCGUAGAAGAUAUGAUAAUUGGAAUCAAUAUAAUGUAGCAUAAGGUCAUUAUCCAAAUGAUGAUAUAAUUGAAAGAGCUGAUGCAAUCAUUAUGCCUGGGAAUAGAAUAUCUGUUUAUGAUCAUUAUAAAUGGAUAGAGGAUGUUAAAGUAAUAUUAAAAAAAGCAUAUGAAACUAAUCCAAAGGUUAAGAUUCUAGGUAUUUGCUUUGGAUUUUAAAUACUCACUACAGCAUUAGGAGGGAAUGUAGAAGAAAUGAAAAAUGAUUUUGUUUUUGGAAAUACUAUUUUGAAUCAUAAUAUUAAUGUGAUGAAAUAAUUCAAGUUAUUUUAAGGAAUGUAAUUAUAAGAAUAAACCAUAAUCAAUUAAGCUCAUGGUGAUGAAAUUACAAAAUAUCCAGAAUUUUUGCAAUUAAUCUCUUCAAGCGAGUCAUGCAAAGUAAUUCUACUAUAUAAAUAUAUAUUAAUAGAAUGAAAUCAUGAUUUCUAAAGAUGAAAGAAUUUUAGUAUUUUAAGGACAUCCAGAAUAUUUUAGUGCAGGAAUGAAUAUGUUAUCACUUGCAUCAAGAUUACCAUCUGAAUUAUCAACAUUAGAAUAAGUUAUUAAAGAAGUUAAAAGAUUAUAUCCUUAAGAAUAGGAUUCCUUUCAUUUAAAUUUAUGUUUAAAAUUUCUUAAAAUUGAAAAGUGA